AUGGGUGUUGUAGCGUCGAAGGAAGUGGUCAACGUGGAAGGAGAAGGCGUAUCAUCAUUUGUUUGGUGCAAUAACAAAACAUUCUUACACUACAACCACAUCCUUCAAAACGCGGUCCCAAAGACCUACGAUGGUCAGCUCUGGAUGCAAGACGAACAAAGACUCUACGUCCUUGAGCCACCCCCGAUUUACGCCACCCACGAAGAUCUCUCCAAGCUGGCGACCGUCGACCACCUGCAGCGCCUCCUCAACCUGAACGGGCCCACCAAGUACAGCAUGGAACGCAGCCUCUCCGAACACGAGAUCACCGACGACGAGGACCGCAGGAGCCAGCACUUCCUUCCGUCCAGUCUCGGCGGGCCCUGGUCCAACUCGCGCAUUCUCAGCUCCAACCGCGGCCAACCUGUCCCCAUUCGGAGCUCCUCUUUCUCCGCACACCCCCAGAACCAGUUCUCAUCCGCCAUGCGCGAGCGAGCCUUCCCAUCCACCUUCGAGGACGACGAAUCGGAGGCGCUGUCAGACACUUAUGACGAGCGGUAUGUCCCGCCAUCGAUGGGCAGGGGCCGUACUUACGGACAGGAUCCCAGUCGGAGCCGCUCGCAGUCGCUUGCGACUACUCGUCCGGGGCCCGUGGGCAGCCCCUACCUCGGAUCUUCCGCCAUGCAGAGCUGGAACGAGUCAUACCUUUCUACCAACCCUCUGAAGAUCCCUUCGAGUGGCCAGAGGUUUGGAGAGAUGAAGCCACCUGGUGCAAGCCGGUACGGAUCUCUCGGUGCUAUCGGUAGAUCUCCUACCAAUAUUCACUCAUCUUCGCCUACCGGCGGUUCGCUCGUCGGGAAUGGCUAUGGUAGACACCAGCAAGCCGAUAUCUCCAACAUGAGCCCGUUUGUGCGGGAUGUGGGACAGAUCCUGCUCGACGAUGGGUCGGCGUUUAGGGAGCUAUGGGCUGGGAUGAACCCUCCGAGAGAUGAGAACGGAGGUGGAGGAAGUGGGACCACCAGCCGCCGCCACAGUGUCAGCGUGGUCCAGCCUCGUCGAGGCAAUGUUGUGGGCUUCAAUGCUCCUGGAACGGACGUCGACGAACCACCUCGUGCCAAUUUCCAGUCGGCUUACAGUGGCCGAAGUGGUCUCAUGUUGUCAGACGACGACCUCGCAAGCGAUCUUGGCCUCCUCAACAUCAACCCCAACGAGCCACCUCAACCCUCCUUACAGCAUCCUCCCAGCCAACCAUCCUCCUUGCCCAUCUAUGCCCCAUUGUCGCGUAGCCCGCCUUCGCGGGACCUGAUGUCGAACUACCACUUGCCACGCGGGAAAAAGACCUUCGACUGCCACUUCCUUAUUGUGCUACAAUGCCGACCUACAGCUGCGACUACGGACCAGAUGAGGACACGGCAGCAGUUUAGGAAAAUUCCUGUUUCGGUCGCCGAAGCCUUGCGCCACUAUGCCAAGGCUCAAACAGACGGUAUCGAUAGUGCCCUCUCCCUCGCCUUCACCCUCGCAGCCACCGCGGCGGCACAAGAUGUCCCGCAACUCGACCCUUUCGCCGACCCCAACCACGAUUCUCGAAACCUCCUCAGAUACAUCGCCUCGAACGGUUUGACGGCUGUUGGCUUUUCCGGCAUGCUUGUGGUAGCAGUGCUGCAGACAUGGUGCAUGAAGCGAUGGGGUGCGAGAUGGAUCGCUGCAAUGCCCAUCGCUGCGUAUUUCUUCGCACUCGGUCUUUCCUUCCGCUUGGGUUGGCGCUGCACCCCCACUCCAGGCCACUCUAUAUCGCCAUGUAUCUUUCUGUGA